ACAAGGACCCAGCAUCCUAGCUGCUCCAGUUACAGUUUAUAAGCCAGGGGAUUCCCAAACAGGACAACAGGGGCAGAUUUCUGGCUGAGACAAAUCAUCAUGGAGACACUCAGGUCUAGAAAAGCUGCCUUGAUUGUGUUGUUUUGUGCUUUUGUUCAAUCCAACGCAAUAAUGCCAAAACCUGGUAACUGUCCGCGCAUCUUUGAGUCGUUUGCACCAUUGCAACCAUGUAAUUAUGACAGAGACUGCCCAGGAGAUCAGAAAUGUUGCACGUUUUUCUCCAGAUCUGGUUGCACCCCUCCAGUUCCAACAUUACCAGGCUGUCCAAUGCCUCCAGGGGAUAUGGGGAUUUGUAUUGAUCAGUGUUCAAGUGAUGCGGAUUGUCCUGGCCACGAUCAGAUAUGCUGCUCUAAUGGGUGUGGACACGUGUGCAUGUCUCAGAUUCCAGUGAAGCCAGGACAAUGUAAUCCUGAUGACUUCUUCACCCAUCGAUGUCACUCACACUGUAGAAAUGAUGGUGAUUGCCGUGGUGAGCUGAAGUGUUGCCCAUCAUUUUGUGGCAAUGUUUGCAAAUACCCCUGGUUUUGGCCCCCAAUAGGCCGCCGCUAGGUGUGCAAUUCUUAUACUCUUUAAAUACUAAUUUGUUGAUUUUUUUUUAAUUUGCUGUUAUUGAGGAAGCACAAUAUUAAAUAAAUAAAUAAAAUACAAUCUGCAACACAGC